AUGUCUCCCUCUACAACCACGGCGGCCAGCAGUGCCGCAACCACAACUGGUAGCGGUGAUAGUUCCAGCUCUAGUUCAAAUGCGACCAGUUCACCUCUUCUAUUCUUUGUCGCAUUAGGAUUCGGUGUUGUCUUCACCAAUCUUUGGAUCAUCGUCGGAGUAAAAUACUGCUUCCGGUACAAUCAACGAAAUCGCCAAUUACGCAAUGAGGAGACUGGUGAGCCCAUAGAUUUGAUCGCCAUGCCUCGCGCCCAUCGGAGACGACGAGAAAAGAAGUUGAUGACCAUGGACGAAGUCAACGAGCGAUUCCCCUUGGUGAAAUACAAAGUGUGGAGGUCGUCUCGCGCCAACCAAGGUCUUCCCACGGAAGGGGGUAUUACGGCUCCCAAUACUAGACCACAAAGCCUCAAGGAUGAGGCUGGUGUUACUGUCUCUGUACCAGUUGGUCUCGCUACACUCGCGACCACGCCUGUAGUGGAGGAUGAACGGGCGGCAUCAAGUACUCUGCCUCGGCCAUCCCAUGAGGCGCAAGUAGAUUCGGCUGUGCAGGCGACGGGAGUCAACUCUUCCACGGGCACCGCUGCCCCCUCUACUCAGCAAGAAACCGGUGUGAAUACGACGGAAGAGAAAUGGCAACAUUCCCUGAUCAACGAACACGCUGAUCUGGAAGAGGACGAAGAGGACGGGGAUCAGAUUCGAAAGGCCGUCCCUGCCGAAUUACUUCCCAACCCGGGAGAUUCGUGUGCAAUCUGCUUGGACAUCAUUGAAGACGAUGAUGACAUACGAGGACUUGCCUGUGGCCACGCUUUCCAUGCCUCCUGUGUCGACCCUUGGUUGACAAGUCGACGAGCCUGCUGCCCGCUAUGUAAAGCCGACUACUACGUUCCCAAGCCCCGCCCUCAACCAGCCGAGGGAGCAACUUCCUCGGAUCGCCAAGGACGCCGUACUGUGACGAGUCGGCUCGAGGGUCUAGCUAGACCUCCACGUGCUGCACAGCCUAGGAGUCAAGCAAAUCCUUUCCGGGUGCAAAUGGCAUUCUCCGGUCGCUUAUUCCAACCAACAUCUCUGGAUCCACGCGCCCGCCCUCCUCGGGAGACAGGGCGCUCAGAAGAGCCUGUCGGCGAAACACAAGAUCUAGAUCGGCCUUCACCUCGAGGAAACUGGUCCCGGUUCUUGCCAACGCGUCUGAGGGGGCGUGCGUCACAGAACCCUACUACAAGUGAGACUCAUGAGCCAUCUGCCCAAGCCGACACUUCAUCAAACAAUCCGCCGGCCGGGCAACAGCGUACGCCUGGCCAACUGGAAGCGGGAAUUUAA